AUGGGUGUUGAACUCAGUAUAAAACCACCGAACUGCGAUAUCUCCGUUGCUGGUGGUACGAAGAGGUACACACUGGUAAACCAUUGCGCUCUUGUUCUGGCCUACAGGGUGAGUUCCAAGUGGAUUAUUAUAAACCCUGGUUCUAACUAUUCUGUGCCAGAAAACCAGUUGUAUGGCCUAAUUAAAGUCGGAUACACAGCUGAAAUGGAAAUAACGAGAAAGAAAGCGCCACCCAAAGCGGACAAAUUGAUGGUCCAGUAUGCAUCUGUGAAAGCGGACGAGACUGACCCAAAGAAGGCUUUCGCCAGUGGAAAGCCAGUAGGAGAACUUACCGGAGAGACAAUGAUGAAGCUGAUUGCGUCGGAAUGA